UAGGCCUACCAAGCAAUGAAAAAAUAUUCAAACAAUCAAGUGCAAUAUUUCUAACUAAAGAUUGCUAUUUCAAUGUGAGUAUUUUUGACGGGUGAUGUUUUUGUGUGAUUUCUUGUGAAUCUGCAACGCGCCCAAACACUGACCGUCGUUCUACGUCAUUUGAAAGCGACUUUUCUCCUAAGCAAUAUGGCUGCGUCCUGCGCCGAUUGAUAGUCUCAUGGAGUGUAUAAUAUGAGUACCGUGAACUUAUAAAAACUUAUGAACCGCUUCGGUGGACACCAAAUUUAGAGAUUGCAUGUGGCAAUACUACGCACAUUAAGGUUGUCGUCCUGCGAAAAGGUAUCAGUCAACAUGAGAGGCGCUACUCUCCUCAACAUGAUGAGGACACCCUCAAUAACGAAGCUUAGGUCAUUUCCCUUCUUGUGCAGGAAAGUGUCAAACACCCCCCAUCAGCAUGGCUCACAGAACGGGACACAAACAUCACCCGAGACCAAAGACCAACUCAUGGAGAAUGAGCCCACGGAGGAAGAGCAACGAAGACCCAAAAAGAAGCCGAGCGAGUGUUCUGUGCUGCUCUUCCCCGGGCAGGGGAGUCAGUUCGUGGGUAUGGGUCGCGGGCUUCUGAAAUACGGAAACGUCAAGGACAUGUUUGCCGUCGCGCAGAAGAUACUGGGCUACGACUUGCUGUCUCUGUGCCUAGAUGGGCCAGAGGAGGAAUUGAUGAAGACACUCCACUGUCAGCCCGCCGUGUUUGUCACGUCACUGGCAGCUGUGGAGCGGCUGAACCACGAAAACCCAGCGGCCAUUGAGAAUUGUGUGGCUGCUGCAGGAUUUAGUGUGGGAGAGUUUGCAGCCCUGGUGUUUUCUGGUGCCAUGGAUUUCGCAGAAGCCCUGUAUGCGGUGAAGGUGCGGGCAGAGGCCAUGCAGAACGCGUCAGAGCUGAUCUCUAGCGGCAUGCUGUCGGUAAUGGGACGGCCCCAGGCUAAGUACAAACAUGCCUGUUUGCAGGCCAGGGAGCACUGCCUUAGCCUGGGCAUCAAGGAGCCUGUCUGCAGUGUGGCCAACUACCUUUUCCCCGAUGGGAGAGUCAUCGCUGGCCACAAAGAGGCACUGGACUUCCUACAACAGAACUCGAGGAAACUUCACUUCCUGCGUGCGCGGCCGCUCCCGGUGAGUGGGGCUUUCCACACGGCACUGAUGGAGUCUGCCACCGAGCCCCUGAGAGACGUCCUCAGACAGGUGGAGGUACGUCGGCCCGAGAUCAACGUGUACUCCAACGUGGACGCCAAGCGCUACAUGCAUGAGGGCCACGUGCGCAGGCAGCUGGUCAAGCAGCUAGUGUCGCCAGUGAAGUGGGAGCAGACCCUCCACGAGGUGUACGAGAGGACCCAGGGUCAGAGCUUCCCCCACACCUACGAGGUGGGCCCCGGGAAGCAGCUGGGGGCCACGCUGCAGAAGUGCAACAUGAAGGCCUACAAGAGCUACACACAUGUGGACGUCACCACCCACGAUGACUGAGAGGAUUAUGGUCUGAGGAGUAAGACAGGACUCAUGGAUUUGUGAAGAGACUCGUAUCAAUACAGUACAGUCUACAUACUGUACAGUGUACACCCAUUGACAAUCACCCAUGUCGUGUCUUUGGCAUCAUUAAAGUGAAGACUUAUUUUAUCAAA